CUCUUACUGCUCUUAGUCCCACUGCUUAUACUGAUUUAGCAGAACAGAGUGAUGAGGAGAGCUCUCUCUAAGAGGAGACACAGGACGACGACUGAGGCCGUUUAUGAGGAGGUUCUGCACAAGCAGAGGGGAAGUGUCUUUUCUGAAGAACAGCAUUCUGGGUAUGACAAUGCUGAUGAGCUUCUUUCAGAAGAGCAACAAAUCACACCAGAGAAUUAUGAUGAUGUAAUUGCUGCUGGUUGGAGAUGUCAGGCUACAGAUGACUUGCCUGAAAACUAUGAUGAUGUCGUCAUUGUACGGCAGUUCUGCAGUGAUAAAACAGGUGUGGCCACAUUUAUAUCAGAGGGUGUUCAGGAGGAGUAUGAUGAUGUGAAAAAUGUCUGUCGCAGAUACACAACGGCUGAGGAUUCAACGUGUGUUUGCAGAGGAUCUACUUCGGUAAAAUCAAGAAUACCAGUUGAUGACUGCUGUCCAUUGGAAAUAUCGAUCAUCUUGCUUGAUAAAACCUCAGUAUAUCAUCAGGACAACAGAUCUUUGCAGGAUUCAGUCACAUAUCUCGGAUCUGAGUUCUGCGCAGCAUUGGACACAGACUCUGCACUUUUGACAUUUUCUAGAAAAAAGGAUUUUAAAUUUCACAUGAAGUUAAUUAAAAGUCAUCUGAUGUUUGCACUGCAGUACUUCAGGGCCUUUCAGUCAUCCUGGAGGAUGACCCACAGGAAUUUUACAGGAUGUGUUUUGUAA